GCUGACUUUUAUUUUACACCUCACUUUCACCCAUCCCUAACUCAGUGCGUGUCAGCUUCAUCGAGUGCAGGGAGAAGAGGUGAACUUGACAAAGUGGGGGCUGUCACGAUCACAGCUCCAAUUAAAACUAUCCCUGGAGUGAACAUAAACGAAGCAGUGGAAGUGGGGAUUUAGAGAACGAAGACGGGCGAAGAAAGAAAAAAAACAUUCCAGGUGUCGCGAUGGAAGCGCGCGGCGUAUGAUUUGGAGAACGGCUCCUUUUUUCCUUCCCUUUUCUUCAACACCCAAGCGGAUUACACAAGUAAACACUUCAACGUCGACCUAGAACCACAUUUUGUUCGUCACACUUGACGGGUUGAGUCAGCACCAUGAACGUGUCAUCGCCAGACAGACGGAAAACCGUGCGCGACCUGGCUUUGGAGAUUGGUGUCCGAGUUAUGCUCUUCGGAGUUUUUGUAUUUACUGAAUUCUUGGAGCCCUUUGAGCGAGUCAUCCAACCUGAGGAGCUUUGGCUCUACAAGAAUCCGCUGGUUGAGUCCGAUCAUAUUCCCAAAAGGGUCAUGUUCGCAAUCUCCUUCCUUACUCCACUGGCAGUGAUAUUUGUGGUGAAGAUAAUUCAGAGGACAGACAAGACAGAAAUCAAAGAGGCAUGCUUAGUGUCGCUGGCUCUCGCCCUGAAUGGAGUUUUCACAAACACUAUCAAGUUAAUUGUUGGCAGACCAAGGCCUGAUUACUUCCAGCGCUGUUUCCCAGAUGGACAAGUGAAUGUAAAAAUGCUGUGCACCGGGGAGCCACAUCUGGUCUCAGAAGGUCGCAAGAGUUUUCCCAGCAGUCAUUCCUCUUUUGCAUUCUCCGGCCUCGGAUUCACUUCCUUCUACCUGGCGGGCAAGCUGCAGUGCUUUACUGAUCAGGGCCGAGGUCGUAGCUGGCGCCUCUGUGCCAUGGUGCUGCCCCUCUACAGCGCAAUGAUGAUCGCUUUGUCCAGGACCUGUGACUACAAGCACCAUUGGCAAGAUGCCUUUGUUGGAGGAGUGAUCGGGCUGUUGUUUGCAUACAUCAGCUACCGCCAACACUACCCCCCGUUUCUGCACGCCGACUGUCACCUUGCCUACGCCAGCCUGGCUGCCACCACACACACAGCUCUCCAUCCUCAAGAGGAUCAGCGGCCCACUGACAAUGCCACGACGCUCCCCUUGGAGGGCUUGACUGAAGCACCACUAUGACUAGUGGCCACUACCGAGACUACUCACAACACCCCCAGCAAGCCAGUGAGCCCACCUCCACAUUCCCACUGAAUACAUGGCUCUUAUGUACAUUCCAGUGGACAGUAAGCCACUCUCCUCUGUUCUCUUAAUUUUAUGUCUCAUGUCAAUUACUUUCUUUUUUGUGUGUGUUUUAUACUGUUCUUGCUUAGCAGCUGUGAAAGUCCAUAUGUUGAUCUAAUAUACUGUAUGUUAGGAACUUAAGAAUAGGAAAUAUGACUAUUACAAGGUGGAAACAAAUAAACAUGGGGAAAGCUGAGGGAAUGGUUUCGGUAAAGGCGUAGAAAUAACUUCUUUUUUUUUUUUGUCAUGAGAAACAACUUAUUCGGAAAUGUAUCCGUCAAGAAGUGGUUGAUGGCAGCUUUAGGAUGUUUUGCAUUGCUUCACUAAUUGAAAAGAAGUAAUCAUGCCUAGAGUGUGUCGUCAUUAUUUUUGGUGCUCAUGGUCGUAAAUGCCACACAUAUGUACCAAAGCAAGUACAAUGGGACUAAUUGAAAAAGCUUUUCCCCCAAGGAAGCUUGAUGGUCAGCUCGCACUUAGACGCUUUAGCGGAAAGGUGUCAAACUCAGAUCCAAAUUUGCUGUUACUUGACUUCUCUUCAAAACGAGUGAGAUCAUCAAAUUCUGGGGACAAUUGUUUAAUAUGAUGUGGAAAUGAUAAGAUUUACCAGGGGUAACGGUAAAUGUAUUCAGACUCAGAUGAGUUGGUACGGAACAUAUUAGGUCAGGGACAUGAAGUGUCGAUUGAUUUGCACUCUGGCACAUCUAAUGUGAAAACAAACACACUCCAGCUUGGCUGCUGGCUUGAGGCCAUCAGGGCUACUGAUGUUUUUGUUGAAUGGAAACAUCAGCGCGUUAUGAAAAAAAAACAAUAACAGCUGUCAUUGUUGUUGCAGCAUAAUAGUUUAGACUGGUGAAACUAUUACUGCUCUGAAUCUUUCCUUUCCUAAAACGAAGAACUGUGGAUGAGACAAAAAGAAUAUGUGAUGCAUCAAACUAAAUUUUGGCAAAGCCUUUAUACACCAAGUGAUUAUAAAUUCACAUGAUUUUACAGUUAAAUGGCCUGCUGAGGACAACUCUAACUGUGAUGAAAACCGGGGCGACAAUCCUGCUUGAGCAUGUCGUUCUGUAAUCACUUAUCAGGAACACCAUGAAACCACUUCAAUAUAAUUUACAUCUGAAAGCUAUUGAAUAUUCCACAAUCUUAAUCAUUACCAAACAGUUCACAAGUUGCAUUCAUUUAAUUGAAUACAAAAGUCUUUGGAGUUUUUUUUAAAUUGUUCGAGUUAGAGGUUAUUUGAGUGGAUCUUCAUUUUAAUUUUAACCCCCGAAGCUGCCUUGGAAAAUAAUAUUUAAAAAUAGCUACUCUGAAUUACGACAUGGCAAUAACGAUGAUGUCGCCAUGGUAACACAAGAACGAAUGUACAACCGGUAGGUAUACUUGGAGGGUAGUAGAGUAGAUAUUUUACUCAAACUUACAUAUUCGGCAUAUUGUCAUUCUGCAUUUUCUCUAUCGUUGUCAUAUUUUAAAAACUAUCUUGUAUCUCACCUCAUUGUUCCAGACUUCCUCCCACAAACCCUCAAUUCCCUUUCGACCGUGUCUCAUUAUCGAACUUUAUUUCAGAUUCUUUAACAUGAGCCCAAUGGUUACACACGAACACAAACGGUUGUAGCUGAAAUCAAUAAGAAGCAGGUAGGAAUUGGUAGGGAGGAAGUUAAUCUUCGCUAAAAAAAAAAAUCCAAGAUAGUCCUGCAUUUAUCCUCAUUAAGUAGAGGUCACUGCAACUGCUGCUUAAUGAGGGCAUCACCAAUACAGUGUAUGAGGCCCCCAAGGAGGAGCUGAGAAAUCCAAAUCAGCAUAUAGUCUUUAAGCCCAUGAAUAAAUAUACGAUCUAGUAUUCCUAAAACAACAUACCUAACCCCCAAAACAGCAUCCAUGGAAUCUCAAUAGAGCCUGCAGUGUGAAGAGUGUGGCUAUUGUGUGUGUGUGCGUGUGCGUGUGCGUGCGUGUGCGUGUGUGCGUGUGUUUGCAUGCGGGUGUACCGGUAUGCAUAUGUAUGGCAUGUGCACAGUUAUUAAAUCUCACACAAGUGCAACAGGAAAAGACCCUUGAAGUGGAAUUAAUUUGUCAUGUCUUGCACAGGAUGACUUGAAAGUUCAGAAUGUUUAUUUAUACUUGGGACUAUGUUUACAUGCAAUCGAUAACACUUUAAAUACCUGAAUAUUGUCAGGACUCUGGUUUUCAAAGACCAUGUAAAUGCAUGCAAAACCCCGAGUAUGCUCUUAUUUAGGUUUUUAAUAAUUCAAAUAAGACCCCUGAGCUACCCCUUUUCUAACCUGAAUAUUUUGUCAUAAAAACAGCUUACCUCCUUUAAACGUGAGGUUGUUAUUUGGCUUUUGAAAGGGUUAUUGCAUGUAAACAUAGCCUGUGAGCAUUAAUAUCAGAGUAACUACAUGUGACCGCUUGAUUUGUUGGCACGAUGUUUGUAUUUUGUCAAUUGAUUUUCUCCUAUUUUUGUGUUGUUUUUAAAAGAAAACAUAAUUCCAUGUGUUUUCAUGGUGCCAUUCGCAGAUUUAAAAUAAGUGACACCUUUUAAAAUAAUACAUGACAAAACACCACUAGUUUUGUACAGAGAGGCAUAACUUCUGUUCUUCAAAUUUAAUUCAAAUUUAUGGUACUUUGUCAUGAUCUUCUUCACCGCCUCACUCCCCAGUGGACUCAAGGGAAAUGAGUAAGUAAUUGAAGUUGAAUGAGUUAUUGGAUGUUGUUAUGAAAAAAAAAUGUCUGAAGAAUACAUGUGUGUAAGAUUAAGGAAUUGUUGUUCAUGGCAUGCUAGUUCAGUUUGUAAGAAAAUGAUAUUGUUCAUUUUUAAAAGAAAAAGCAUGUCUUACUUUGACGGUUUCCCUGAGCUGUUCUGAAAUGUCAAUACUACGUAGAUGUACAUUAAAGGAUUGCAAUUAUGUGAAAUGCUGAUGAAGAAAAAAAAAUAUGUCUGCAAUGGGGUUUUUAAUUGUGUUUCCCUCAUAGAGCUUCCCCAUUGCAGGAGAAAACAGGAUGUGGUGUUUCAGUAUGUUUAUGUAGACAAUAAAUACAUAUUUAUAUGAUCCA